AUGUUCAUUCCUAACCAGAUCACGUCCAUCAGACUCGAGCAAGCAGUCAACCAAGCCUAUUGCUCAUCUACAGCCGUCAUCGAGGCCGCAGGGGAGCGCAUCUCUGCUCUCGGCUGCCUGCGAAGUGGACAGACCGGUGCCGGCUGGGGUCGGCAGUCCGAGCUGGACGUCGGCCGAUCUGAUAAUGCUGGCUUAUUCUCUACGGCUGGAGGUUCUCACAUCUCGCCAACCUUGCCACAAAUCGCUUCAGCCAGUGGUCGUCCUGGUGUCGGCGCCUCCUACAAUCCCUUUCCAGCUACUGGGCCUGGCGGCGGCACCGGUGGUCUCAGCAGUGACUUGGACGACGAUGAUCCCGACACGAGAGUCAAGUCUCUUAGUCGAUGGCAGAGGCAAAUCCCCGUUGAGCAGACACACCAACAGCCUCGGCCAAUGAAAGGUAUCCCGACCGGGUCGACGGUCGGCUUAGACAGCCCAAUGGCGGGCACGAAAACAGAACUGGAACUUCAUAGAUUAAUGGACGGCAUAGUAGGUACGGCUAUUCGCAUAUUUCCUCAGGUCGGCUAUUUUAAGGCGAAACCUUCAGGAUGCUUAGUUCGCCAAUCUCAAGCAAGCUUUGAGGCCUACAAACGACUUAUUUUCUGUCCACUCGGCUAUAAAUGA